GUGGCAAAAGAUGAUCAUACCCGCCGCAUUCAACGGCGUUGACACGUUCUUCUUUCUCAGCGGAUUUUUUCUGUCUCACAUUGUAAGCAAGCAGAAGGGAAACGGGCCUGCCAUCUUCCUCAUUGCUGUGCUUAGAAGGUUGAUCAGGAUGUGCAUCCCACUUUUCUUCAUCCUCAUGUGGUUUUACCUGCUCCCUCGGUUCGUCACCGGACCGAACUCCGAGAACUUCUUCCGGAGAUUUUACUUGGACAUGGAACAACACUGGUGGCAUUUCCUCGUUCAGAUCCGAAACUUUUUUGAACUGAACCCCGAGGAAACACUCCCACAUAUCUGGUACUUAUCGACGGACUUCCAACUCUUCGUGGUUUCGCUUCUCACAUUGCUGACAUUUAGAAGAAUUUGA